AUGGAGCCUUACGAUGAUGGUUUCAUUGAGGAGCAAGAAGAGCAGGAGGAGGAGCGCACUGAGGAGAAGAUCAUUAACGAAGAAUACAAGACAUGGAAGAAGAACGCACCUUUCCUUUAUGACAUGAUCCUGAGCACGGCAUUAGAAUGGCCCACCCUCACAACACAAUGGCUACCUGAUAAACAAGAUGUUCCCGAUAAGCCGUACUCGACCCAUCGCCUGCUUAUUGGCACUCAUACCUCGAGUGAUGCGCAAAACUACCUGCAGAUUGCUCAUGUACAGCUCCCUAAUCCGACUGCGCCUAACCCAGAUGACUAUGAUGAAGAGCGUGGGGAGAUUGGCGGAUACGGCGGCAGCUCAAAGAAGGCGCCUAUGGAAAUUAAGUUCAACAUUGUGCAAAAGAUUGAUCACAAGGGUGAAGUCAACAAGGCGCGAUACCAACCACAGAACCCCAACAUCAUCGCCACCAUGUGCACAGAUGGCCGUGUAAUGAUCUGGGAUCGCUCAAAGCACCCGAGCUUGCCUACAGGCACAGUCAACCCUCAGAUGGAACUGCUCGGCCAUACUCGCGAGGGCUUCGGUCUCAGCUGGAGUCCACACACUACUGGUCACCUUGCUACAGGUAGCGAGGACAAGACAGUUCGUCUUUGGGAUCUGACGACAUACACGAAGGGCAACAAGGCACUUAAGCCUGUUCGGACGUACACCCACCAUUCUUCCAUUGUCAACGAUGUUCAAUAUCAUCCUCUGCAUUCUUCGCUCAUUGGAACGGUAUCCGAUGACAUCACACUUCAAAUUCUCGAUGUGCGUGAGGCCGAAACCACACGUGCGGCUGCCUCAGCGGAGGGUCAGCACCGUGAUGCCAUCAAUGCCGUUGCAUUCAACCCUGCCGCAGAAACGGUCCUGGCCACCGGAUCGGCUGAUAAGUCGAUCGGCCUGUGGGAUCUACGUAAUCUGAAGACCAAACUGCAUGCGCUCGAAUGUCAUAACGACUCCGUAACUUCGCUCUCUUGGCAUCCAUUUGAGGAGAGCGUACUGGCCAGUGCCAGCUAUGACCGCAAGAUCAUGUUCUGGGAUCUUAGCCGGACUGGUGAGGAGCAGACUCCCGAAGAUGCCCAGGAUGGUCCUCCCGAGCUUCUGUUCAUGCACGGCGGCCACACAAACCGCAUUUCGGAUUUCAGCUGGAACCUGAAUGACCCGUGGGUGCUCUGCUCGGCGGCUGAGGACAACCUGCUGCAGGUGUGGAAGGUGGCAGAUGCGAUUGUCGGCAAGGAUCUGGAGGAUGUGCCGACCGAAGAGUUGGAGCCAUGA